CAGCUGAGCACAGGACCCUACCAUUCCCCUGCGACACAGGGGACACCAGAGGAAAAACGGCCCCAGUUUUAAAUAAUUACACACAAAUAGGUCAGCAAACAGUGGCUAUUUAAAAAUGUUAAAACUCUAUAUCAGGAAUUUGUUACAGUUUACCGGUGCAUCUUUAGAAUAUUUUUUGUCCGGACAUCCCCGGCAAACUUGGAUGGUUCCUAAAAUGGCGGCGGUAUCUGUCAGUGUGGAGUGAAACUUUCCCAUUUUAAGCGAAGAAUUUGACAUUAUUCUAACAUAUUGAAGUCGCCCGUUUAUCAAAGUAAGCAUUGCCGGACUACAGAGGCGUUUGACAGGGAUCGUCAGGACCGAGCAGCGUCACUCUGGGCACUGGUUUUGGUCGCCAAAUCGCCGGGCUUCCCUCGAAGUUGACGGUGGCUAACGUGAAGUGGCUGACAUUUCUUUCGCACCGAGUGUUGUUGUCAUCACACUGCUCAACGCGGAACCGCCUGCUGAGAUUGGCCGUCGGCCGAGUAGCUAGCUAGCUCGCGGGUCAAGUGCGUUGAAAACGAGUCGGCGGCUUUUCGUUGAACUGGGUCCCGUGUCCGCCCGUCAGUCGGAAUAGAGAGGUGGUGUUGGAUGUCACCACCAGUCCCUGUCAUCAGGCUCAAUCUGGUUUGCUAGCGUCGGGCAGCCAUCCUGGCAAAUCAAAUGGAGAAGCUCCAGGACCUGAGCCAAUCAGAGCUACAGGAGCUCCUGGACAACCCACAGAGGGUGGAGUCCAUGGCUCUGGAGUCCGACGAGAUCCAGAACAUCCAGCUGGAGAGAGAGAUGGCGUUGGCAUCCAACCGCAGCCUGGCUGAGCAGAACCUGGACGUGAAGCCUCGGCUGGAGGUGGAGAAGGAGGUGCUGGUGGAGAGGUAUUCUCAGCUAGAGGCCAUCAGAGAAACCUACAGACAACACUGCUCCCUGAGAGAUGGGAUGGUGGGUCAGGUGUCUCCAGAGGCAUUGUUCUCCAGACUACAGACAGAGGGCAGCAAAACAGAGGCAGAUUCAGAGACUCUAGCUGAUGAGUUUCUGGAGGGCUCUCUGCCGUUGGACUCCUUCCUCGAUGCCUUCCUCUCGCUGCGCUCCCUAGCUCACAAAAGACGGGUGAGGAUAGAGAAACUCCAGGAGAUCCUACGACAAAGGAGCGAGGGCAAUCCCAGCGCCAUGACAUCAUCAGCAGGCGUCAGCCAAGACCCCGCGGCCGCGCCUUCACCCUGGAAUCAACCGACAACAACGGCGACGACGGCCAAUCAGCAGCAGCCAAACUCGACAGCUCAGUCCUGCAGCUACCCCUCACAGCCGCCCUCCACAUCCGCAGUGGGCCCCUCCGGCCUCCCCUACAACACCCCUACCUGUCUCCCACCCAACCCCACCCCUGCGGCUGCCGCGGGCUCCGGCGCGGCCAACCCCCCGUCACAGUUCCCUCCGUACCCUGGUUCCGGUUCACCCUUCACCCCAGCAGGGAGCUACGGCCCCAGGCCUGCGUUCGGGCCUACAGCUUCAGCUGCCUGCCCCUACCCUAGCCAGCCCUCCUUCCCUACCCCGCACCCGGGCUCAGCAUUCGGCCAGUACACCCCAAGCCCCCCCCAGAGUGGCCCAGCGCCCUACCCAGCCUCCUACAGCUACGGAGGCUACAGCUACCCGGCCGGGCCGCCGUAUUCUUCUUCUCAGUCGCCAACAGGGAGACCCAUCUACAGACCAGGAUACGGAGUCCCACAGCCGUACUCAUGAAGGCACUACUACUCCUCUCUACUUCCUCUGUCUCAGUUCUUCCCUUCUGUUGCUUUCUCACCCCUUUCUCCUCCCAGCCUCCUCUGCCCCAGGUCUCUGUCCUCCUCUGUGUUUUUACCUUUCUACCCUCCCUCUCUCAUUCUCCCAUGCUGAGGGGUCUCUCGCUUUACUUAUCUUUGUUGCACUAUUUCUCCCUUUCUCUGAAUACAAGUCUUUCUUUCUUCCCUCUCUCUUUCACCCUACGAUCCAGCGACUCCCCAACACUAGUCUCAGGUUGUUGCGUUGUGUUUAAGUGUUACAACACUUGUAUCUGUCCCUUCAUACCCUCCCUCUCCAUUGCUCCCUUUUUCUUCCAUUUCUUGUGUGUGGGUGUGUGUUGCUAUUUGGCAAUCAGAAAGUCCUUAUAAACAACAAGUGCACUCCCCCUUAUGACAAAUACAUUAAAAAAAAUGUAUACCACCAUAUCAGUGUCUAAUAGCUGUCUGACCACAAUCUGUCUGGGUCACAUUGUUGUUCAUUAAGAAAAGCACCCUAAUGGAAGAUGUAUGUCCAUGGCUCUUAGGCUCAUACAUUGCAAUUAAAUUGGCAAGUAGAUGGCUGGUUAUAAUAAUGGAUCUUAUAUUAAGUCAAUCUAAGAUGCAGGGCUUUGGGAACACCUCCUCCUCCUAGCUGCUUGGCUCUUCCAUCCAUGUGGCUGGGGGCUUUCAUAAUGCACAAUCACCUGUGGGCAGAAGAAGAACCAGUAAUUUCUAUUGGUCAACCAAAGAAGCUGUGGCGACGGCAGCGCUUCCCUUUAACGUUAGGGUUGGAAGAGGAAGUUCGCUGCAGCUGUGUGUCAGCUGCUGGGCCCCCUUUAAUCGCUGUAAAGGCCCAGUCACACCAACAGGUGCUGGACAUGGUGCCAGGAGCAACACCCAAAGCCUAAACCACACUUUCUAAGCCUUCGUUUGUUUCCCACAGUGCAGUCUAGCUCUACAUUCAAGACAGUUGCUUGUAGAGCUUAGAUAACUUGUUAAAAAUUAAUGAGAGCGACAUCUUUCACACUGCACAAAGUCAUCUGAUCCAGAGAAAUAAUGAAAAAGUGUAGCUAAAAUUAAUUUAUAUGGGGCUUUAACAAAGCAUAUGUUAAAUUAGUAGCUUAUCCCACAAACAUCACCGUGCUGCCGUGGAAGUCAGUUAUCCUGGGUUCCAGCAAAUACACAGAGCCGGGCAGGCCUGUCUGUCAUUGACACAUGCAAAUCUUGAAUGUGCAGUGUAAGGACCACUGUAGUAACACCUUGAUACCUGGUGGAGACUGGUGGUUUGAACCAAGCAUAUAAGCAUAUUCUGGCUCUUUGUUCCCACUCUGUCUGUCUGCCCCCCCCCCCCCC